AUGCGAAAUUCGAUUUCGAGAAAGCUGUCGGGCAUUUUCAUGUGUAAAGUUGCCCACACCGAGUUGCGAAAACUCGCAGUGGACGCUAUCAUUCUGCUUAUCAAAAGGGUCAUUAUUGUCACAACACCGACGUCGAAUUUCUGGAAUAACGCGGAAUUGACUCAACUCGUUUUGGAACCCCUGACACAGCUGACGGACAUUAAUUUCGACGAUGUUCAGGAGAAGCAGUUGCAAUGCGUUCAGUACCUCCUCAAUUGCUAUGGUGAUGAGAUUAAUGGAGGCUGGCUUCGAUUCAUCAAUAUUAUCGGAUCAAUCAGUCAAUCAGAUAGUGACAAGCAUAUUCGCUCAGCAUUUCAGUGUUUUCAACUCGUUGUGACAGACUAUCUGCCUACACUGGGUCUGGAUUGCUACCCAGCGUGCGUGGACACUGCAGCCAAGUUUGGUCACCAAGAGCACGAUCUGAACAUUGCGUUAGCAGCUGUUGGCUCACUGGUAUGUGCUAGCUAUAGCGACUAUCCGUUCUUUUUAAUGGAGCGCAAGGUAACGCUAGCCGGAGUGGUCUCAAACAUCAAUACACACGUUUUUCUCACUACUGCAUGUAGCCUUCGAUGUAUCGACUUACCUCGUGUUCUUUCAUUUUUGACCAAUGCACUUUCUCCUCUGUGUAUGUGCGGUCGUGAAUUGCAGCUUCAUUUGACGGACUUUCUGUUCCAACGCGAACGCUCGACUCCGGAGGAAGCGAGACAGAUCGAACCAUUGUGGGUGACGGUCUUCCGUCACUUCUCCACCCUCGUGCGCGACCGAAGGCCUGCAAUGCGAAAGUCGGCCAGUCAGACCCUCUUCAACGCCAUUGAAUGUCACAGUGCCCAAUUCGUUCAGGACACGUGGUUUGAACUCCUCUGGACGGUUUUCUUUCCGCUACUCUCGGACGUGCAGGAUCACUGUGCAAACGCACCGAUGGAGCGGGAGGGCCGCAGCGGCAACCUCCUCGUGCACCACUCUCGCGACACCGCGGCAAAGCAGUGGGCCGAGACCGUGGUGUUAACCCUUUCCGGCGUCGCGCGCUGCUUCGUUUCCAAGCAGUCACAGCUCGUCUCUCUUAAUAGGUUUUUCGAAAUCUGGGAACGGUUGCUCUCAAACGCUGAACGGGCUGUCCUCACGCCGAAUUCGGAGAUCGCCCAGAAUGCCCUUUCGACCCUGAGGAUCUUGCUGGAUUUCGAUACCUCACAGUGUGCGAUUGACAAAUCAACGGCCACGUGGUUGGCUUUUUGGCGAACUUGGGUAUCCAUUGGAGGUCAAUUCAUUGAUUUCUUCUCCGCCAGCAACUCCUCUGAGGACAUUACGAAAAACGAAGCUUUCCAAUCGCAAAACACAACGCUACAAAAGCCUGCCGCAUGCACCUUCGGUCCCGAUUUCUUCGCCCUCUUCUUCGAUCUAUUUCCUCCUCUGUUUCCAAGGGUUCAGCAGAACUUCAAUGGUGCCUUCUUCGCAGAGUUUAGCAAAAUUGCAAGUCAGGGCGUGCUGGGCCCACUCCUUUUAAGUCACCAACCCCCUCUAUCGGGUGUGAAUGGUUUAAGAACGACGGCGACGACGAUAACACCCUCUUUUAUGUCCUCCUUCACUGCCAACGUCGUAGACGAGCAAGGUCUCACACAAACACAGCGAUCUGUCUUUAACUGUCUUUCAGUGAUUGGUGAGGCAAUUCAAACAAACGAGUCUACUUUUCAAAUCCUCCUUGUCCCAUUCCUUGAACUGCUACUUCGAUUGUCCUUAUAUGCUGUUCGAAUCACCAGACCAGGUUCAAACACCGACCUUGUGGAGGCUAUACCCAUGAAUUACAUUGUCUUCGCCGAGAAGUGCCUAGAGUUAGCUACACAGCUCUAUAAGGCUUUUGCAAACUCGGAGGUCCUUCGCAAUGCUAAUGGCCUGUUGAAAAUGGUGGAAGCGUUACACGUUCCGUUGGCGGCCAAGUACAAGUGUCAGUGUCGGUCCACCUGGCUGCUCGCGAGUAAGUGUUUCAUGGAGACCAUCGCGAUCGGAGUCCCCAUCGCCACAAAACAAAAAUCUUCGCUCCCGAAAACAGCAAAUGGUGAAUUAUGGAACUUGGUGUACAUUACGAUUCGGGAUUUUCUUUUCUGUCAGAAUCAACCGGUGGAACCGCUUUCAGGUGAAGAAUUUCAGCAACAUGAAGCAUUGGAUUGCAAAUUUAUCGAAUUAAUCUGUGACCGGUUCCUGUCCCGACCUGAGGGUCUACCUCCGAGGUUCAUAGAACAAUUGAUUGGUGUGUUGGGUCUGGGCUCAGUGGAGGCGUCAAUCAGCAGUGCUGACUUCGCCCUCCUCGACCCCAACACCCUGCGCCCUGGUCCACCCACGCCUCCCCCUCUAGCCCCUACUGGUUUCCAGCCCUUCGUUCACCGCCCCUCUACCAUCUCCACUGCCUCCACCAGUGGUGCCGCUGAUGCCGCUGCUUUCAUAACCUCCAUCGACGGGGAUAUGCGUCCUUUCGUCUCCAGAGAGAAAUUCAUGCGUCGGUGUUUUGAAUCGCUACUCUCCUUCGCCUUCUUUCAGAGUGACUUUUCUCCCUGCAAUAGCUCCACCUCCUCACAAUCCUCCCUGAAACUCCCAGCAGUUGGCAGCAAACCUCACGUGCUCUGUCGAACCGCUAUUCGCGAUGUUUUGGAUCGAUGCAGGUUCAUCCUCCAACGCUUUGCCAAGUCAGCCCAGUUGACUGGAAAGUGUCCUUUGCCACGCGCGAAAUUAUCGGAGGUGAGCUUCGCAUUCCAAGCCUUGACUGUCCUCCUCACUAACUUUACGGCUCCUCCAACGAAUUCCAAGACUUCAAUUGAUGCCAAUACCUGGAGCUGCGUUAUCGAUAUCUACCCUCUGGUGGUAAAUUGCAUCUUCGUGGCCGAAUCUUCGCAACUCCUGCCAGCAAUUCACAAGCUCUUGCAGCUCUAUGGACGUCUGUUGCAACCCAAAGCAAACCGCACAGUGGAGACACCUUAA